AUGACAGUAGAACAGAAAAGAGCAAAUGUUGAGGAGAUUAUAUUUCACAUGGAGCGAGGGGGACUCACUACCAAGAGGCUUUUUAGCCAAUUUGGCAAGAAAACAUUUAGUGCACAAAUCUACAACAACAAGAUGGUUUCAGGCAGGACAGGACGCAAAGCAAAAGAAUACACAGAUGAGUUCCUGACAUCUGUACCAUUGUACAAAAGAACAACUGAAAGGGGAUAUGCUGCUGCACUGAAAAUACCCAAAACAGCAUUGGGUAGGCUAAGGCAGCAAGGCCGGAUGAGAACACACACAAGCACAAAUCACCCAGCAUUGACAGAGAAGCACAAAGUGUCAAGACUUAAAUGGGUUUUAAGUCUAAUAAAUCCUGUACCAGCAGUAGGGGACCCAACAUUCACUGUUAUGCAAAAGUGGAUACAUUUAGAUGAGAAAUGGUUCUACAUUAAUCCAGAAACAAGAACCUUCUACCUACUGCCAACAGAAGAUGAUCCAUACAGGGCUCAACAAUCAAGGAGGUUCAAGAUCAAAGCAAUGUUUAUGGGAAUGAUAGGGAAGCCAUUGUUUGAUGAUGAAAAAAACAUGAUACAUGAUGGAAAAUAUGGCCUUUUUCCUUUUGUAAAGUAUGAAAGAGCCAAAAAGAAAAGCAAGAACAAAGAUGCAGAGACUCUAGAGACAAAGGCAAUUCAAAGUGUCACAAAAGAGUGCAUAAGGGAGAUGCUGCUAACACAUGUCAUCCCAACAUUCUAUGAAAAAUGGCCACAACAGUUACCAAAGGACAUCAUUAUACAAUGGGAUAAUGCUAGGCCUCAUUAG